AUGUCAUUCAAUCGCUUUGUUUUUGCUGCAGUCCUUUUGCUUGGUCAGGUCUCCGCCAGAAGCUCCGCCGCCAGCUCCCAAGUGGCCAGCAGUCAAGUCCAUAUCCACACAGCCGACUGUAGGACACAUCUGGGUACUAGCUCGGUGAAGACAGUUCCUACUACUACGAUCACUCGUACUUACCACAAUCCUUUUCCUGUUGUUGUCUUCACGACAACCCAGGACACUGUCACACUGACUCCUGCUGUGCCAAGCGAGAUCGUCACGGACUAUCAAACCACAACACUCAUCUCCACCGCUGAUACCAUCACUGAUACGUUUUCAACUACCUCGACUGAAUAUGACACUGCAACUCUCACUCUGACUCCUGCUCUUAUUACGGCGACUGUCGUCACCACCGUCUCUUCUACCAGUACUAGCACCUCCACUGUCGGCACCUCUGCAGGCUUCAUCCCUGUCGCGGAUACUAUUCCUACCUCUACCGUGUACAAGCGCUCCUUGGAACAAGAGGCACUGGAUCAAUGCUCCCCAUGGGUUGACGAUUACGAGUACCCUCAAGAGGUUGUCUGCCACGAGAAAAGGAUUAUCAAGACUACAACAGUCUCGACAGUCACUGGAUCACCCGCCACUGUCACUGCGGCCACUCCUUCUACCACAAUCACUGUGACCAUCACCAUCACCAGUAGCUUAGUGGUUCUUCCUUCAGACGUCUCUACCACCCUGAGCUAUAGUACCACCUCCACCAUCACCGAGACAUCCUACGGCGCUGCUGAGACGGAUACCAUCACUUCCACCUCUACUGUCCUUGCCCGUGUGACUACUACUGCCUUCUAUGCCGCCUGCGCAACCAACAACAUUGCUAGCAACCCUCUCUCUUCCAACUUCGGCUCUUUCGCUGGCCAGUACAUCUAUUCUCUCACUUUCACCCAUGUCCCCGGUGAAACCCUUACCGUUGGAAACACUGACAGCGCAUAUGACUGCUGUGUUAGCUGCAUCGAGACCUCUAACUGUGCUAUGUCCUACUACUACUCGACUACAGCUGUGAAAUUCUGCUACAAGAUUGGAACAACCAGUUGCUCGACCUCUUCUACUUACGGCACAGCUGGUAUUCAACGCUCCUUUACCAAUGUCCAAGUCUCCAACGGAAAUUGUGGACAAAUCAAGGGAGUUUCGGUCUAA